CAAUUUUAUGUGCUUACAUUAUUAUCUUGAUCUCUGAUCUUAUUUCGAGUUUUCACAAACGCAUGUAACAUGCGUAUAGAAACAUGUUAUUUUUGUUCGUCCCGGAUUUAUCCGGGACACGGAAUUCAGUUUGUAAGAAAUGACUGUAAGAUAUUCAGAUUUUGUCGGUCAAAAUGUCAUGCUGCAUUUAAAAAGAAGAAAAAUCCAAGAAAAGUCAAAUGGACCAAGGCAUAUAGGAAAACAGUUGGCAAAGAGUUGGUAGUGGAUCCCUCGUUUGAAUUUGAAAAGAGAAGAAAUGUCCCAAUUAAAUACAACAGAAAAUUAUGGAAUAAUGCAAUUGACGCAAUAAAGAAGAUUGAAACUAUUAAACAAAAGAGACAAAAUCUACAUAUAAUGCAGAGAUUACGUAAAGGACGCGAGUUAGAACAAGAAAGAGAUAUUAAAGAAGUUCAACGCGAUUUAUCACUUAUAAGAUCACCUGCUGCGGGGUUGAAAGAAAGAAAGAAACUGGAAGAAACUGCAGAACAAGAAGAAAUGCAGGAUUCUAAUGAUGAGCAAGAACAACAAGAAAUGGAAGUGAAUUAGUUUGGAACUGUAUCUAUCAUCUAUAAUAUGAUAAGAUGGUAAUUGAAAAUUUUGCAAUGACAUAUAAAAUGUAUAACAACUAAACUUGCAAACAUAUGUAUUAGAUGUUUGUGUAUUCAAGAGAACAUUUAUUUAUAGUAAAUGAUUUUUUAUAGUACGACAUAAUUAUUUGUGUGAAAAAUUUGUAAAUAAAAAUAGUAUAAAAUUAAAUACUGGUAAUAACAUUGUGUAUUUAAGUUAAUCCACGUGUAACUUAUUGAUUUAAUUAUUGUAAAUAAAUUAUUAUAAGGAUUAA